GUUUUCUUUUUCUUUCUUUUUUUUUAGAAAAAGUGGAAUGUUAAAAGCAAAGAAAGGAUCGGAGUGAUGUAAUUAGGUUAGUACAGAAAGUAGUACUGUAACAAUUUCCAACGACAGGAGGCAGGCUUGGUGAUGUAAUGGUUUUGAUUGACAGCUUUGUGUAUUAACGCUUAGACCUGGGUGUUCAAGGUCAAGGACAAUUUGUUGAAAGAUGAGUCUCCAAGAUAACUCCUCUGCACAGAAACUCUCAGUGUUUAACGGACUGCGUCUGGAUGGUUCGUACUGGGACGCAGUCGUCAAGGUUGACGAUGCUGAAUACAAAAUCCAUAAGAUCAUCCUGUGUAAGUGCAGUUCCUAUUUCAGAGCUCUGUUCCAGUGCCAGUCAACAGCGAACAACAUCGUUUUUGGAAUCACUGGGCUGUCUCCUGACAUCAUGCAGCUCAUCAUUGAGUUUGCCUACACGGACUCUGUUAAAGUGACAGAGGACAACGUGCAGGACCUAAUGGUGGCGGCCGACAUGCUGAACAUACUCUUCGUCAUAAAGGCCUGCUCCGAUUUUCUCUGCGAGCAGCUCUGUGAAAAGAACUGCAUUGGCAUCUGGCAAUUCACUAAUGUCUACUUCAGCUCCGAGCUGCAGCACAGGGCCCAACGACUCAUCACUGAGCACUUUGAAGACGUUUGUGCAGGUGAAGAGUUUCUGCAGCUCUCGGUGCAGGAGCUGGCAGAAAUCCUUGGUAGAGAUGACCUCUAUGUGAGCAAGGAGAGCAGUGUCUUUUCAGCAAUCUGUAGGUGGAUUGACUACCGACCUAAGGAGCGAGAAAGGCACAUAGUUCUGCUUUUGUCUAAGUUCAGGAUGGCUCUGACAACCAUGCAAUACAUCUUCAUCCAUGUGAUGUCCUACAAGUUGGUGAAGAACAGCAGCAUGUGUCAACAAAUGGCCAGUGACGCUAUCCAAACCAUACAGCACAUGAUCCGACAGAAACCCUCGGAGCUUGUUUUUCGCAACCUCCUCGCUCGUCCUCGUCUCCCCGUGGCCGUCCUGUUGGCAGUUGGAGGCAUGAGUGGCGAAAACAUCGAAGCGUACGAUGUCUCCAUUGACCACUGGGUCAAUGUGGCCGACAGAACUCAGCGCCAAUGGGCCUUUCAUGGUACCGCCUUCCACAACGGGUACGUCUACUGCCUCGGUGGUUUGGACCGCGUGGGGCUUUUCAACAGAGUGAGCAGGUUGGACCUGAGCACGCACCUCUGGGCCGAGCUGUCGCCAAUGCAUUACGGUCGCUGCUACGUGAGUGUGACAGUGUUGAACGGCCUCAUCUAUGCUAUCGGGGGGUUCGAUGGACACACACGGCUGAAAAGUGCAGAGUGCUACUGUCCUGAAGGCAACCAGUGGAACUGCAUCGCAUCCAUGCACCAUUCAAGGAGCGAUGCCAGCUGCACCACACUGUCUGACAAGAUUUACAUCUGUGGUGGAUACGAUGGUAACGUCGUCCUGCAAACAGCGGAAAGUUAUAACCCAGAGACCAACCAGUGGACGGUCAUUGCCCCUAUGUUGAGCAGACGAGCUGGAAUCGGAGUGGUUGGUCAUGCAGACCAGGUCUAUGUAAUCGGUGGUUCUAACGGGAACCAACACCUCAGGAGUGUCGAGGUUUACAACCCCAGGACCAACACCUGGCACUGGGCCCCAGCCAUGCACACCAACCGAAGCAACUUCGGGCUCGGUGUGAUCAACAACCGCAUCUAUGUGGUUGGUGGCUUAAACGGCACCUACACCACCAACAAGGUAGAGUACUAUGACAGUAUGGCUGAUCAGUGGAUUGAAGCCUGUGACAUGAAGAAGAAAUAUGGAUCUCUGAGCUGCUGUGUGGUGUUUGGGAUUCCCAACCUAGCUGAGUAUGCUGUCAACCGUGACUCCCUGCCGUUUCUGGAUCUGGAGAAACAGACUCUGAUAUCAGGAGACUAUCCAGCAGACUGAUGUCUUUGUUGCCGUCUAUUAGUUCUCAUACUGUUAGAGACAGGUAUUCUGAGCCUCAUUUGUUACAUACACGUAUGUAUUAAAUAUAAUUACAGUUGUGCUGCAGAAAAUCUUCAAGUUACGAUAUUAUUUCUAAUUUAUAUUGAAGGUAAAUGUAUGCACAUACGAUCCGACCAGCUUUCAAACACUGCUAAUAUAUAUGCAUAUACAUAUACGUAUAUAGAUAUACAUGUCUGCGUAACAUUCACUCAACUCGGACGUGCGGUGUUAGUGUUUUAUUUGACCUGUAAAACAUUUUGUUCAUCAAGACACUGGAACCUCUGCCACCUCCUUUACCUGCAGUAACACCAAGACAUCAGCGUCCCAAAGGACAACAACCACAAAGACAAUCGUCUUAAAGUCACCAUUAAUAACUGUUGAUUUAGGCCGAUUCAGGGAUUUCUUCACCCACAGCUGGCUGAGGACAUUCAACUGUUGUACAUGUAACAUUUGUCACCGUCAAACUGAGCUUUGUUCAGUUAUUUUUCAGCAAUCGCAGCGCUGGAUGCUGGAUAGAAUUGGAUAAAUGAACAACGAAAAAUAAUCCAUGGCAAAAACAACC